UUUAAUAAAAAGAUGCUUCUAUUUUUUAUAAUUUUCAAUUUUUUAUUUAAUUAUAAAUUUAUUAGCUGUGAUUCUACAAUUUCUGUUGAUAAAAAAAUUCCAAUUAUUCUUUAUGAUAAUUCGAAAUUUGAUGAGAAUGGAAUUUGUUUUUCAUCAUUAACACAAGCUGAUUGUAAUAAAAAUGAAAUAAUAACAGCAAAAGGAACAGAAUUUGGUUGUCCAGCUUGUUCUUCGAAAGGCAAGCAAGUUAGAGAUGUUUGUGGGCCAUUUGAUGAUGAAAAAUGUCAAUUUGGAUUGAUUUGUAAUACUGAUGAUGGUGUUUGUGAUCUUGAUAAAUCAACGUGUGCCUAUAUUUAUCAUUUGAAAAAUUUAAGGGAAGAUGAAGCAAAAAUUGAUUCAAGUAAAUUACCAACAUGUGAAAUUGAUGGUACUUUUGCAGCAGUUCAAUGUAAAGGCGAUCGUAUAACUGGAAGAUGUUUUUGUUUCAGUCCAGAAGGCAAAAGAAUUUACGGUUGGGCAUGGUGGAAUGAAUUACAAGAUAAUCAAAUGAAUUGUGCCUGCAGUUUAUUAAAAUAUAAAAUGGAGCGUCAAGGAUUACAUGGCAAUACAAUGCAUUGUGAUAAAAUGGGAAAUUUUGAGGAACUUCAAUGUAUGGAUGGUAUGUGUUGGUGUGCUGAUACAUUAACUGGUGAAAUACAAAAUAAUACAAGAGCUGUACCAGAAACUAUGUGGAAAUUUUUACCGUGCUAUGAUAAAAAAUAUCAUGGUGAUCAAUAUUUGAGGCAAUGUGAAAGUAUCGAUAGAAAUCAAUUAAUUUUAAAAAAAGCUUUAGCAGCGCAUGGUACAACAUUGGUUGAAUUCAAUAAUAUUAUGUGUGAUUAUGAUGGUAGCUAUGGGCCAAUUAGAAAUCUAGAUGGAAAAAUAAAUUGUCAAUGGACUGAUGGCAGAAAUCUCCCACCAUAUACAGCUGAAUCGAAAUAUUUUGAAAAAAUGAAUUGCAUUUGUGCACGAGAUAAAAAAAUAUUUGAAGAAGCUGGUUUUAAUCAUCGUUUAAAUUGUGACAUGUAUGGAAAUUACAAACCAGAUCAACAUAUUAAUGAUAAAACAUUUUGUGUUGAUCGUGAUGGUUUUGCUGUGAGUGGUGCUAUUGAAGUUGAUCCAAAUACAGAAAUUGAUUGCAAAAUAUAUACAUAUUACGAUAUUAUUCUUAAGCCAGAAAAAGAAGUUUCAGGUGAAAAUGGAAAUGGUUAUGAUGAUGACAGCGAUUAUUUUAAAGAUACUAACGAAGAUUACAAUUGAAAAUUUUUUUAAAAAUAAUUAA